GACUUUCUUUAAAGUUUUGAAUGUGUUUUUUUCCCUUCAGUGUGCAGGACGGGUUGGCUGCAGACUUCAGGUCAUUAACAAAGACUCUUUAUGAUUUGCAUAAAGUGCUAGGGGCAGAUGCAAUCCAUGGGAGUCCCUUAAAAGAACUGGUGAUCGAGAGCUUUGAUGAAGAACAGAUUUGGCAACAGCUUGAGCUCCAGAAUGAUGCAGUUCUGGACUAUUUCAAAAACGAGGUUGCUAGAAAUGUUAAAGACAAAGAUCUUUUCCUUAUCCCAGUCCAAGAAGAAGAUGGUUCGGAUGCAGAGAUGAGUAGUGAGAAGGAAAUGGAACCAGAAGAUGGUAUGGAAGCAGACCAGAUCUUGGAUGAUGCUGAAGAUGAAAGUGAGGUUACAGAAAAGCAAACUAAAUCCAGAACAUUGAAGAGGCAGCAGUACAGUGAUGAGGAUUCGGAUAUUGAUUUUGAUAUUGAUGAGCUAGAGGAAGAAACGAAAAAAUCAAAGAUGACCACUUCGAAAAAAAUGGGGGAAAAAUCCAUAGUGGAUGAUAAAUUUUUCAAGCUGUGGGAGAUGGAAGCCUUUUUGGAUGAUUUAGAGAAGACAGAAAGGCGGGAGAUGGAAGAGGAUGAUGAUGAUGAGAUUAAUUAUUUUGAAGAUAUGUAUUCGGAGGAAGAGGAUGAAGAGGAAUCAAAAAAAGAUAAAAUCAAGCCAGUUAAAAGUUCUAGAGACCUGAAAUAUAAAGAUUUCUUUGAUUCUGUUGAUGGUGGUAAUGAUGAUGACAAUCCAGCUCGUGAUGAUGGUGAUGAUCAGAAUGAGGAAGAUGAGACUGAAGACGACAUUUCUGAGACUGAGGAAGCUAAUGAAAUGGAAGUAACGGAACAGAAUGGGAAAAAUAAAGAAGCUUCUAGAAAAGUCACUUUUAACUUGCCAGAUGACAAUGAAACAGAGGAAGAUACUGAUAUGCUAAAUGCAAAGAGAGAUGAUUCCAUUGCAAUAAAAUCUUCCUUUGAGAAAAGGCAGGAAAAGAUGAGUGAAAAGAUUAAAUCUCUUGAAGAGGAAUUGUUGAAGGAAAAACCUUGGCAGCUUAAAGGAGAAAUAACAGGACAAAAACGACCUGAAAAUAGUCUUUUAGAGGAAACUGUAUUCUUUGACCAUGCUGUCCGAAUGGCUCCUGUGAUCACAGAAGAAACCACGCUUCAGCUUGAAGAUAUCAUCAAACAGAGGAUAAAAGAUCAGGCAUGGGAUGAUGUAGUGCGUAAAGAAAAACCAAAAGAGGAGGCCUUUGAAUACAAGAAGCGUCUCACUUUGGAUCACGAAAAGAGCAAAUUGAGUCUUGCUGAAAUCUAUGAACAAGAGUACUUGAAAUUUAAUCAGCAAAAGGUUGAAGAGGAGGAAGAUCCCGAACAUAUAGAAAUUCAGAAAAUGAUGGACUCUCUGUUUGUACAGCUGGAUGCUCUUUCCAAUUUCCACUUCACACCCAAGCCACCUGCGCCAGAGAUUAAAAUUGUCUCAAACCUUCCUGCUAUAAGUAUGGAGGAAGUAGCACCAGUUGCUGUUAGUGAUGCAGCUCUCCUAGCUCCAGAGGAGAUCAAGGAAAAGAACAAAGCGGGAGAUGUAAAAACAGAUUCAGAAAAAACCUCCACAGACAAAAAACGAGAACGAAGAAAGAAGAAGCUUCGUAAACGUAUGAAGCUAAAGGAGAAGGAGAAACGGCAGAAAAUCCUAGAAAAGACUAAACCAGAGCAAAACAAACUCAACAAAAAAGCUGCUGCAACAAAAUUAAAAAAGCUAACCAAAGAAGGCAAAGCAAGUUUGCUAAAAGAUGAAGGUAAAGACAAGGCCUUGAAAUCAUCCCAAGCUUUCUUUUCCCAAUUACAAGAUCAAGUCAAAGUGCAAAUCAAAGAUGCAAAGAAAAUACAGAAAAAACAGAAGCAGCAGCAGGAAAUCUCUGCUCAUAAACUUAAAUUAUAAUAUAUUUUAUACAUGCAUCUUGUAUAUAAUAAAACAUUUCAUUUUUUUAACAUUGUGUUUUGAAUAGUUCAUAUAGUAUAUAGAACAUUAAAAUAUUCUAUAAACACUAUAGUGUUCUUCCUGGUGGUGAAAAUGUGAUAACCUGUUUAGUGCUUCUUAAGGCUUUUUGUUGUUACCCCUCUCUACUCUGGAAUUCAGGGCUCAUCCUCCAAAAGAAAAGCUAUGGGCAAUAAGUAAAAAGAUAUGUAUUGUGAUUUA